AUGGCUGCAACAAGGCUAGAUCGAUUGGUGUCGCUUCUUGACACUGGGUCUACGCCUGCCAUCCGUGCUACAGCUGCCAAGCAACUCGGCCAGAUUGCCGCGGUGCGUAUUCGAGGUCAGAGCACAGCACAGCAGGCCGCCGCUCAUGCUAGGCCGCAAAAGGUCGAGUCCUCGACACAGUCCAACGCCAUUGUUUCGGGCACUUCGACGCCGACCAUCGACCCAGAAGCGGAUGGCCUGGUUAAGUCAGAAGAUGCAUCAUCUUCCGCGUCCAAAAAGCAGACUGCCAAGUUCGGCACUUCCGAACAGAUUAACAAGCAGCACAAUUUCAGUGGACCUUCCGUAGACGACCAAUUCGGCAUUUAUCGAGGCACCGACGGCGACUGGGAUGAGAUCACAUCGUACCUCGCAAGAGUCGUUCCCUUCCUCCGCUCCAAGAGCUGGGACACUCGUGUAGCUGCUGCUCUUGCCAUCGAGAGCAUCUGCCACGCCGCUGGAAUCUGGGACCCAGACAUCCAGCCCUCCAAGCCAGGCGAAAGCUCCAAGUCGAUUCUCACAGACGACGAUGACGAUAUCAAGGACGAAAAGCCAGACCUCUCUGAACUGCUUGCCACUGAAUCGCUUCUCACUUUCGAUGCCUUCUCGCUUCCCACUGUGUUGGCUACAGGCACAAAACUUCUCUCGUCCGCAGGCAAGGAAUUCGAGCAGGCUUCGCUCGCUGUUGGUGGCGAUCGUCUAGCUCAGGCCAAGAAGGAUGUUGCCAGCAAACUUGGCCUCGGCUUUGGUAUCGAUGAGAUGGACAUCGGCAUGGAUGUCGAGGCCGAACUCAAGACUGGAGAGUCAGCAACUAUCUCUUCCGUGCCUCACUCGUCCCAAGGUAGCGUAGAUUGGAGAACAGCUGCUGGAGGCGCUUCCAAAUCCAAGUUACCAGCUCCUCGUUUCACCGGGGGCAGCUCGCCUGCGGUGUCUUCCCUUCCGCCGCUGCGAUUCGCAAACAAUGGUGCCUCUGCUUCUCCUUCCCCAGUCACGCCCACGUUUGCACCAGCUAUAUCCGCCCCCUCACCAUCACCACUGCCGGUUGCGUCCGGCUCCGAGGCACCCGCAGAUGAGAUCGACAUGAGCAAGCUCAGUGCCCGGGAGCGCAAUGCUCUGAAGAGGAAGCGCAAGAUCGAGGGCAAGAAUGGUCCAUCUGAUGCCAAGACGAGGGUCAUCGAUAGCACAGACUUUGCAUCACAAAGUGCCGCGGGUGGCCUCCGUGUCAAAACUCCCUCUGGCGCUUUCGUGCAGACCCCUGCGACCCCCGCCAAUGCCGAAACAGCCGGCGACUAUCUCGCUGCCGGUCCUCCGCCAACACCCAAACAUCCUGCAGGCGGUCCAGGCUCGUUGCCUGCUGUUACAGGCAGCGUUUCCACCCCCACGCCCAUCAGCGAAGUGCCUGGCUCACCUGCCGCGGCUUCGUCGCCCGCUGUGGGGGUCGCUGGGGCCCCUGCAUACUCCUCUUCCGCCGAUCCAUUCCAGGUCAGGCCCGGAGAGUGGCCUUUCCGCCUCGUGGUAGAUACUCUGAGCGUCGAUCUCUUCAGUCCAACUUGGGAGACCCGUCACGGCGCUGCUCUCGGUCUCCGGGAGCUUCUCAAGACGCAAGGCUCUGGUGGCGGCAAAGUUCAACUCGCUUCGCAGCAGGAUAAUGCCAAGAUGCACAAGGCUUGGUGCGACGACAUGUCGAUCAAGCUUCUCUGUGUUUUUGCACUCGACCGGCUCGGAGAUUUUGUCUUUGAUCAGGUCGUUGCACCUGUCCGUGAGACUGCAAGCCAGACGCUUGCCUGUUUGCUGCCUCAUAUGCCAGAAUCGUCCAUUCUCUUGGUCCACAACGUUCUCUUGCAGAUGAUCCGUCAAGACCACGCUGCUGAAGGCGCUACCACCGACUUCAACGCUGGAUUCGCAGCUAAGCGAGGCAAGAAAGGCUAUGUGUGGGAAGUGCGUCAUGCCGGUUUGCUAGGCCUCAAGUACGAGGUCGUUGUCAAAAAGGACCUGCUCAUGUCUUCCGAGAGCGUCAAGAGCGAGAUCGCUGACAUAAAGACGGAAGUGCCUGACCACAAGCCGAUUUCCGAAGAGACUGCCAUCAUCGACACUGCCAAAAUGUUGCGUGAUGUUGUUGAGGUAGCCAUCCUUGGUCUCAAAGAUGACGACGAUGAUGUGCGCGCCGUAGCUGCCUCGGUUCUCGUGCCCAUCGUUGAUGUAAUCCUUGAAAAGCUCCCCACCGAGGUUGGCAGGCUUCUUAACCAGCUGUGGGACUGCCUCGGAGAUCUCAAGGACGACCUUGCUAGCAGUAUCGGCGGUGUAAUGGACCUCUUGGCCAAGCUCGUCGAGCACCCCGGAAUCGUGAUCCAUCUACGUGCAGAAGCACAAGAGCAACGUGCGUUGUCCCUUUUGAUACCGCGCCUCUUCCCCUUUUUCCGUCACACGAUCACCAGCGUCCGCCUGUCAGUCCUUAAUGCGCUGCGCGUCUUCCUGACCGUUCCCUCUCUGCCCAAAGACUGGAUCGAUGAGCGUGUCUUGCGCCUUCUAUUCCAGAACCUUGUUGUGGAGGAGAAGCUGCCCAUCCGCCGCGCAAGCGCCGAUGCCUGGCGCCAUGCCCUCGCACACGUUGCUGGCGACGCUGCCACGGUUCAGUCCCUCCUUGGACCAUAUAUUGUCGACUUCUUCCGAAUCAUCAUGACCCCACUCGGCUCGCCCAUCGACUUUACCCUCUUCUAUAACGCGUCGUUCGGAAGCAGCGGCCACGCUGAUACUAACCGACACAACGUUGACAAGAGUAUCUUGACACAGGAUCUUUCGCUGGUCGGCGUCGAUGCCGUCAUUCGCGGUCGUCUGAGUGCUGCAGAGGCGCUGGGUGAUGCACUCGCGCGGUUCCCUCGCGCCGAAGACGAACUUACUUUCGGAGCUGUCCUUCGUGAAUAUCUCGAGUCUACAUCAGCGCUGCAAAAGUGCUUGAGCGCAGCCAUCAUCCAAGAGUGGGCCCAGGCUUGUGCUACGCUUGGGAUCGAUCUCAAAGACUCAAGCACGAUUGUACCCGACAUUGCUGGUCGCCUUAUCAGCGCUCUCGAGACGCCAGCCCCGCCCACGUAUGCCGAGAUGACUGUGAUGCUGCAACGCAUCCAAGCUGAGUGUCAGGGACUCUACAAUUCAUUCCAACGUGAUGCGAAGGUGGCCAAGGCAAAAAUUCCGGCGCUUCCUGCCACUGUGGAUCCCCUCGGAAUGAUGGCCGACGCGUUCACCGUCGACACAGCCAAGGCUGUGGCAUCGACCGGUUUCGACUCGCUGCUCACGCACGCUGGAUCGAAAGCCAAAAAGGCAGCUCUGCCGCUGCUAGAAGAUCGCCGUCGCAAACUCAUCGCUGCCAUCGGCUUCUAUCAGGCGAACAAGGAGAAACAGGACACCCAAGUAUUUGCAUCAAUCGCCAGCGCUGUCAUUUCCCUCAAGGUGCUCCCCUCCAAGCUCAACCCUGUCAUCCGCAGCAUCAUGAAUAGCGUCAAGUUCGAGGAGAAUAUGGACCUCCAGACUCGGUCGGCACGCUCUGUCGCCAGGCUUGUCGAGUAUUGCGUCUCGCCCACUGCCAAAUCGAAUCCGAGCGACAAGAUUGUCAAGAACCUCUGCGCCUUUGUUUGUCAGGACACGACACGUGUCGCCAUCUUUGCUGCUAGUAAGAACGUUCGCGAAGGCAUUCUCAGCAUGAACGAGCCCACCGUAGUUCCGAGAGGACCUGGUAGGACCAGCGUCAAGGACGAAACGGUCGAGUCGGAGGAAGUUCUUCAAGGCAAGCUCAUUCGACGUGGUGCUGCUGCAGCGCUUGCUCAGCUCGCAGACCUGUUUGGCGACACGCUUUUCGAUGUGGUUCCCAUGCUGUGGCAGUGCAUGAGCAGCUCGCUGGUGGGCACGUUUGGCUCCACGUCAGCAGACGCCGACGCGCUCAUUGAAAAGCAGGAUGAUCUCGGGCAGAGUAUUCUGGAUGCUUGUGCUGUGCUGGAUGUCAACUUGCCCAACCUCAAAGGCAGUCUUUGCGAUAAGGUGGUCGAGCUGCUACCUGCACUGACGCUCGCUAUUCAGAGCGAAUUCGCCGUGAUCCGCUCAGCAGCGGCUAAAUGUUUUGCAGUGGUGGCCAGCUGUCUCACAGAAGUAGCGCUCAAGCACAUCGUCGAGAAGGUGGUGCCGCUCGUCGGUGACCCCGCUUCGAUAACGAACCGCCAAGGCGCUGUCGAGCUGAUCUACCACACAGUCCAACAGCUCGAUCUGAAAAUUCUGCCGUACGUCAUCUUCCUCAUCGUGCCUGUUCUGGGCCGCAUGAGCGACAAUGACGAAAUGGUGCGUCUGGUGGCGACCAACACGUUCGCCUCCCUCGUCAAGAUGGUCCCACUCGAAGCGGGUCUUCCUGACCCGCCUGGAUUUCCUUCUGAACUUUUGGAGCGUCGCGAGACUGAACGCAAGUUCCUUAUGCAGCUGCUCGACGGUUCCAAAGUGGAACCGUACCAGAUCCCCGUCAAAAUCAAUGCCAAGCUACGAAAAUACCAGCAAGACGGAGUCAACUGGAUGGCGUUCCUGGCCAAGUAUCAACUGCACGGCAUUCUCUGUGAUGACAUGGGUCUGGGUAAGACGCUCCAGUCGAUUUGCAUUCUUUCAUCCAAGCAUUUUGAGCGUGCAGAGCGUUACAGGCUUACGCAGGCGGCCGAUGCAAAGCCCUUACCGAGCUUGAUCAUCUGUCCGCCGACGCUGACGGGACACUGGUGCCACGAAAUCAAGCAGUACGCCAACAACCUUCGACCGCUGCUGUAUUCUGGUCUUCCCGCUGAACGUGCACGGCUGCAAGGCGAGAUUCAUCGAUACGAUGCGGUGGUCAUGUCAUAUGAUGUGGUACGAAACGACAUUGCGGCUCUCUCGCAAAUUUCGUGGAACUACUGCAUCCUCGACGAAGGGCAUGUCAUCCGCUCAGCUAAGACCAAGACGACAAAAGCGGUUAAGAUGAUCCGAGCCAAUCACCGAUUGCUGUUGUCGGGAACUCCAAUUCAAAACAACGUGCUCGAGCUAUGGUCGUUGUUCGACUUCCUGAUGCCUGGUUUCUUGGGUACAGAGCGAAGCUUCCACGAGCGAUUUGGUAAACCAAUUAUCGCUUCGCGCGACGGUAAGCUUGGCGCCAAGGAGCAGGAGGCUGCAGCUUUGGCGCUGGAAGCAUUGCACAAGCAGGUGCUCCCUUUCCUGCUCCGCCGUCUGAAGGAGGAUGUGCUGGACGAUCUGCCACCCAAGAUUAUCCAAGACAUUGAGUGCGAUCUGGGCGAGAUCCAGAAGCAGCUGUACGACGAUUUCAGCAAGGACCAGAACGAAGACGAGGCCGAGGCAUUUGCAAGUUCAGAGGCGAGCUUGGCAGGCAAGGAACCGAAUUCUGAGAAGCAGCACGUCUUCAAGGCGUUGCAGUACAUGCGCAAGCUGGUGAAUCACCCCUCGCUCGUGUUGACGGAUGACAAUCCGAAACACGUUGCAAUCAAGCACAAGCUCAACAAGAGUGGAGGAUCGUUGAACGAUAUUUCACACUCGCCCAAGUUGCAAGCUUUGCGGCAGCUGUUGUUGGACUGUGGUAUUGGGGCGAGUGGCGCUGCUGCUGCUGCUGGUAGUGGUGGCGUAUCCGAUCUGAACGGCGACAUUGGUGGCGAGAGCGCAGUCUCGCAGCACCGCGUGUUGAUCUUCUGUCAGCUCAAGCAGAUGAUUGACAUUAUCCAACGCGAUCUUUUCGCUGCGCUGAUGCCGUCCGUGUCGUACAUGCGUCUGGAUGGCUCGGUUAGCGCGGAAAAGCGCCACUCGAUUGUGCAGACGUUCAACGCGGAUCCCUCGAUCGACGUGCUGCUGCUCACCACCCAAGUCGGCGGUCUUGGUCUGACGCUCACCGGUGCAGACACAGUUAUCUUUGUCGAGCACGACUGGAACCCGAUGAAGGACCUACAAGCCAUGGACCGAGCCCACCGACUGGGUCAAAAGAAGGUAGUCAACGUGUACCGCCUGAUCACGCGCAACACGCUCGAGGCCAAGAUCAUGGGAUUGCAGAGGUUCAAACUGAACGUGGCCAACAGUGUGGUGAACCAGCAGAACGCGGGAAUGGACAGUAUGGAGACGGACCAGAUCUUGGACUUGUUCAAUGCACAGGGUGGCACGAGUGGUACAGAUGGUGGCGCUAAUGGCGAUCCAGCCAAGAAGAAGGGUUUCGCGAAGCUCACUCAGAAACAGAUUCUGGAAGGUGCUCAUCGUGGCCCCGAGAACGAGGAGCAGGAAUAUAGCCAGAUGAGCGGUUGGAGGCCGGAUCAGUAG